GAUAUGACGUAGCGGGGCUGACAGCGGACCGCCGGUCCCCGCGUGUGCGUUCUGAUUUGUUUUGGUGGAGCCAACAUGGCGGCCCCACUUGAGGUGAUCGUGACCAGUGACUCCGGCUCGCAGUUGUGGAACAGCACCGUGUUCGACCUGCACAGCGGCUCGAGCCUGCUGUCCUACCGGGGAGGGAACAGCGCCGCGCGGACGCUGACCGUCCUCAAUGGCGAGUACCUGCUGUCCGCCCAGCUGGGCAAGAACUUCAUCAACAUGUGGGAGAUCCAGAGGAAGGACCAGCUGCAGCAGAAGAUGGUUUGUCAAGGUCUCGUCACCUGUCUGACCGCCUCGCGCAACGGACUCUUCCUCGUGGCCGGAGUGGCGGAGGCAGUUUACCUGUGGGAGGUGUCUACAGGUAAGCUGCUGUCUGUCCUCAGUCGUCACUAUCAGGACAUCACCUGCCUGAAAUUCACAGACGACAGCAGCCAUUUCGUUUCGGGAGGAAAAGACAACCUCGCUGUGGUGUGGAGUGUCUCCAGUGUGAUCCAGCUGGAUUUAAGCCACACCCCUGAGCCGCGUCACGUCCUGUCUCGUCACUCUCUACCAAUCACGGACCUGCACUGCGGCCUGAUGGGAGCUCAGGCCAGAGUCGCCACCGCCUCGUUAGACCAAACCGUCAAGGUGUGGGAGUUGUCCUCGGGUGAGCUGCUCCUGUCCGUCCUGUUUGAUGUGGAGAUCAUGUCCGUGACCUUUGACCCCUGCGAGUACUUCCUGUUCUGCGGCGGCAGUGACGGCAACAUUUUCCAGGUGUCUCUGUGCAGCCAGAGUCUUAGUCGGGACAAGACGUUCCAGUCGGACAACGACGGGAACCAGGUCUUCAAAGGACACAGGAACCUGGUGACGUGUCUGUCUGUGUCCAUGGACGGGACUCUGCUCCUCUCCGGUUCCCAUGACGAGACGGCUCGGCUCUGGGACGUCCAGAGCAAACAGAGCAUCCGCUGCCUCGCCCACAAAGGUCCGGUGACCAACGCAGUCAUCAUGGCGGCUCCGGCCAACAUGUUCCUGCCCGACAGCCGGCCCGGCGUCCCGCUGCCGCGCUUCAGCCGGCACCUGCACGCCUCCGAGGGCGGCGACUCGGGCGAGGUGUGCGUCCGCCUGGGACUCUACACGCAGGACGAGGAGCAGACGUACCUGCAGAAAGCUGACAGGCUGAACAACUUGAUGAACGCUGUGACUGACAAGUCGGUGUUCGGGGACGGGGAGAACACCAAGGUCCGGGUGGCGGAGCUCGAAGAGGAGGUCCAGACUCUGAAGAAGGUCAACAAAGACCUGUACGACUUCUCCAGCCAGCUGCUCACCAAACCCACAUAAACACACACACACACACACACACACACACAGACACACACACGCCAUUCAAACACACAAUCUGUGAUGAUUUUUGUUGUUGGAAAAUAAAAGUGUUUUGUUUUUGUAGAA